AUGUCUGAGAACGAACGCCGGCAAGUAUCGACAUUGACGAAGCCAAGCGCCGUCCCUUCGUCGGGCUCACCUGGCACGGAUGCCUCGGUAUCCUCUGUCUCUGGCCGUGGGCCCCAAACAGGCAAACCAGGAAGGCGACGACGUGCCGCUGAACCGAAAAACAAACCCUCCAAGAACCAACACUUUUAUUUCGUUGAUCAAAACUCGUCGUCUAAAGAAAAGCGCGCCCAUGUUAUGCGCCACCAUGUACAGGAAAAACGAAAACAGCGCAAAAUGUCGCAUGGGGCACUCUCCUCAGAGAAACCCCCCAAUCAUAUACCAUCUCCGAUGAAAGAAGAUGCAGGAACUGGGCAGGAAACUCAACUGGAACUACUCACACCAACUUCGCGAAAUUCCCUCGAUAGAGAAAGCUCGAAAUGGGAAGCAAAUUCACCUGCUCAAGUGCCUAGCGAUUCCAACCCAAAGCCGGACGAUCUAGCUCUUCAAAUCAGAUUCUCCAGUCUGAAAUCGCAUUCUCACGCUUCUCUCACUAUACCGAUUGGCUCGCCAAUCACGAUUCUUGAUGCUUUUCGAAGGGAUCCGUUCUCCAGUCUGCCAAUCCAAUACGACAACAGCGACAUUGAAUUGGCGGAUUAUUGGAGGCACAAGUUGUCGUACUGGUCCGGUCAAAAUCUUCACUUGAAGAACCAGAUCUUCCGUACGGCGAUGGGCCAUCCCCUGUCGUUCAAGGCAGUAGUUUUGUCAUAUUGCGCGCGGUGGAAAGCACAGCUGUAUAACAUGGCUGACAGCUCCGAAAUUCAACGCCAUGUUGGCGAGGCUGUGAAGCUCAUCGAUGACGCUUCCUCCGGCUCGGCAUCUGUCAAACCCGAUGAUCUUGCAAUGGCCUUGGGUGGUAUGGCCCUGCACGAAGGGCGCUUCGGAAGCAGGCAGUUGGCACAAUUGUAUGUCGACCGCGCGGUCCAACUCAUGCGUCCGCGAACAGGAACCAACAAACCUGUGGAAGUGUUCAUACACUAUGUCCGGUACCUCAUGAUGCCAGGGAGCCUGCGGAUUAGCUUGGUUGAGCAGCAAUGGUUGAUCACUUUUCUGCGCGGCGCUGAAGACCUCAUGCGGCGACACAGUUCACCUGAAUAUCUUGCCAACGCACCCAACAGGCUCGGUGCUUUCCAAAUGGAAGGUCCGUUAUUUGCUCUGCUGUCGAGUGGACCGCGUCCGUCCCUAGUGCCACAUGCCUCGCGCGUUUAUGUGGUUCGCGAUGCGCAUACACAAGAGGUUAGCCGAACGGCGGCGCUCAUUUACAUUACGGCCGCACUGUGGGAUUUCCAAGAAUUCCCCACGAAGACCAAUCGCUUCCUUGACUAUUUAUCUAUUGCAGUCAAACAGCACCAUCUCGAUCGGGAGCCAAGUUGCGAAACCCUUCUGUGGGUACUGUUGGAAGAAGGAUUUGAUUCCGAUUUACGAGAUCCCGAGCGCCCAUGGUCUACUGGCGAGCUGCUCAAGGCGCACAAACAGCUCCGGCCAGACCUUCAGUUCCAGUUUAACGAGAUUCUCAUGAAUUUCUUGUCUUUCUGCGUACCCGUCCGAGGGGUCAAUACAUUCGAAGAGGAUCUUAAAAAUAGUUUACAUAGAUCUCAAUGA